GUGUGGUGGAAGCCUGUCUGCUGCACAUGCUGAAGCGCAGGGCCGCGGGCUUCCUGCGCACCGACAAGGUGGCCGCGCUCUUCACCAAGGUGGGCAAGACCUGUGCCAUAGCUGGAGACGUGUGCAAGAAAGUGCAGGAGCUGCAGCAGCAGGUCGAGAGCAGGAAAAAUCAGCCAAAUGGACAGGAACCCCUGAAGAGACAAGGAUCAACCACAAGCAAAACACCUGUCCUGACACCUCAGGCCAUCAAACACAUCUGGGUUCGGACAGCCUUGAUUGAGAAGGUGCUCGACAAGAUUGUGCAGUACAUUGUGGAUAACUGCAGUAAAUAUUAUGAGAAAGAAGCUUUACUGGCAGAUCCUGUUUGUGGCCCAAUAUUGGCUUCUCUGCUGGUUGGACCAUGUGCUCUGGAGUACACCAAGCUAAAGACAGCUGACCACUACUGGACAGACCCUUCGGCGGACGAGCUGGUACAGCGGCACCGGAUCCAUGGCGCGCACGGCCGGCAAGACUCUCCCUCCAAGCGCCCAGCCCUGGGAAUCCGGAAGCGCCAUUCCAGCGGGAGCACGUCCGAGGAUCGGUUCGCCGCAUCGGCGCGGGAGUACGUGGAGAGUCUGCACCAGAACUCCAGGACACACCUGCUGUACGGCAAGAACAACGUGCUGGUGCAGCCGAAAGAUGACUUGGAGGCAAUUCCUGGGUAUCUCUCCCUUCAUCAGUCAGCAGAUAAUUUGACAUUAAAGUGGACUCCGAAUCAGCUGAUGAAUGGAACCCUUGGAGAUUCGGAGCUGGAGAAAAGUGUUUACUGGGACUAUGCACUGAUAGUGCCACUGAGCCAGAUCGUCUGCAUCCACUGCCAUCAGCAACCAGAAAGCAGAUGGACAUUAGUCUUGGUGAGUCAGGAUGGAACUCAGAGGCCUCCGCUGCACUUCCCCCAAGGAGGGCACCUCCUCGCCUUCCUGUCCUGUCUGGAGAACGGUCUCCUGCCUCGUGGUCAGCUGGAGCCACCACUGUGGUCCCAGCAGGGCAAGGGGAAGGUAUUCCCAAAGCUUCGCAAACGGAACAGCAACAAAUCAGUGGACAUGGAGGAGAUGCCAGCAGAGGACACAUCCACAGACUACGUGUUCAGAAUCAUCUAUCCCGGGCACAGGCAUGACAACAUAACUAUUAACUACCACCACUUAGCUGCCAGCCGCUCUACCUCUGUUGACGAUGAUGAGGAGGAGGAAGAUAAGCUACACGCAAUGCUAUCAAUGAUCUGCUCUCGGAACCUCACAGCUCCUAAUAGGAUGAAAGACACCAGCGAGAUGAUAGAGAUGCAAGGCUUUGGGGCAAACCUGCUCUCCUGGCAGCUGGAGCACUGCAGCCAGGGCUCCUCCUGCCUCUCCUGUUCCACGGGCAGCUCUCCCUAUGACAUUCCCACCUGCUGCAACUGCAUCCACGACCGAACUCCACUAAAGAUGUUGUGUGAAAGCAUGAAGAGGCAGAUCAUUUCCAGAGCCUUUUAUGGAUGGCUGGCCUACUGCCGCCACCUGUGCACGGUGCGCACACACCUGUCCGCGCUGGUGAACCACAGCAUCGUGCCCCCCGACAGGCCCUGCAGCGCCGGCCUCACCACCGAGGUCUGGAGCAAGUACCAGAAGGACAGGAAGAACUACAAGGAGCUGGAACUGCUGCGACGGGUGUACUAUGGUGGGGUGCAGCACGAGAUCCGGAAGGAAGUGUGGCCCUUCCUCUUAGGUCACUACAAAUUCGGCAUGGCCAAGAAGGAGAUGGACCAGGUGGACGCCGACAUUGCGCUGCGGUACCAGAAGGUGAUGGCUGAGUGGAAAGCCUGCGAGGUCGUCGUGAAGCAGCGGGAGAAGGAGUCUCACUCAGCCUCGCUGGCCAAGUUCUCUUCGGGCAGCAGCAUCGACAGCCAUGUCCAGCGGCUCAUCCACAGGGACUCCACCAUCAGCAACGAUGUGUUCAUCUCUGUGGAUGAGACAGACUCUGCAGAGCAGGACUGCAAGGGGCACGACGACCCUGCGCUCACGGCGCCAGCGGCAGCGGCCGCAGAGUUCGACUCCCCCGACUCAGGGCUGCCAUCCUCCAGGAACUACUCGGUGGCCUCGGGCAUCCUGUCCAGCAUCGACGAUGGGCACGGCGGCUCCUUCGAGGACGGCGCCGAAGAGGAAGGCGGCGCCGAGCUGGGCAGGACUGAGCCAGGCACACCACGAGUGCAGAGAGCCAAAGCAGUGGUGCUGCAGUCGCAGGACUCUGUCUCAGAAGAGCAGCUCUGUUCCCAGAUGGAUUAUUUAAUGGAUGUGGCUUCUGUCUGCGCUGCAUCCUACACAAUAGAGUUAUUGGACACUGUUGCCUUAAACUUGCACAGAAUUGAUAAGGAUGUGCAGAGGUGUGACAGGAAUUACUGGUAUUUUACUGCUGAGAACCUGGAGAAGCUCCGGAAUGUCAUGUGCAGCUAUGUCUGGGAGCACCUAGAAGUUGGUUAUGUCCAAGGCAUGUGUGACCUCCUGGCUCCUUUGAUGGUUAUACUUGACAAUGAUCAGCUGGCCUACAGCUGCUUCAGCCACCUGAUGAAGAGGAUGAGCCAGAACUUCCCCAAUGGAGGAGCUAUGGACACACACUUCGCCAACAUGAGGUCCCUAAUCCAGAUUCUGGACUCAGAGCUUUUUGAAUUGAUGCACCAGAAUGGAGAUUACACUCACUUUUACUUCUGCUACCGCUGGUUCCUGCUGGACUUUAAACGAGAAUUGUUGUACGAGGAUGUAUUUACAGUGUGGGAAGUUAUUUGGGCAGCAAAGCACAUCUCUUCAGAACAUUUUGUCCUUUUCAUUGCCUUAGCACUUGUGGAAGUUUAUCGAGAGAUUAUCCGUGAUAACAACAUGGACUUCACUGAUAUCAUCAAGUUUUUUAAUGAGAUGGCUGAGCACCACGAUGCCGCGGAGGUUCUCAGGAUAGCCAGAGACCUUGUGUACAAAGUGCAGACCCUGAUUGAGAACAAGUGA